AAAAGCAUGGAUCGUUGGAGUGGCAUCUUGAAAAUCCGGUUGCAUCCUCAUAGCACUACUUCCUACCGAAUUGCAGCAUCCCUCGCCCUUUCCCCUUCUUCGAAAAAGCUUGCAGUACCUUCUGGAAAUGCAAUAUUCUUUAGUGGAGACCGGGUGGAAGGAACGGAAAAUCCAGUGAUUGAGAGAUUAUCUGAUCCUCAGAAGAUUGCUGAAGUUUUAGUUUCAAAAUUUGGUGGAUCCAUUAAUGCCUUUGUUGUGGAGGCUGCCAUUUUUAACGGGCCAUUUGCUGUUUAUAAGGAUUUCAUCCCCUCUGUAAAUGAGUAUGGCGAGCCAAAAUCGUAUGAUGCAACUGGAUUCCCAGCUUCUACAUCACUGGUCUUGCUCUUGUCAAAGUUUCUUGCAGAGGCAAAAAAUGUCGUUUCAGGAAAACAAAAAGAGCCAUACCUAACUGAAGCUUCUUCGUCAUCCCCAUGCAAACCACAGACAGCGCUUCUUGGGUUCAGCAAGGGCGGUACAGUACUUAACCAGCUCAUAACUGAGUUUGCCUUCUUCUCAGAAUCUCCAUCCGCUGUCAAAGAAGACAGCUGGAUUGUGCCCACUUCAAAGGAGCGCCUCUUCAACAGCAUAUCCGAGAUUCAUUAUGUGGAUGUCGGUUUGAACUCUGAAGGGGCGUAUCUCACCAAUAAAGACGUGAUUGAUAGGAUAUCGGAAGGUCUCCCUCAGAGGCACCUGGGAAUCAGGUUUCUCUUCCAUGGAACGCCAAGACAGUGGUGUGAUGAGAGGCGGAUUUGGAUCCGUAAGGAGAAGGACGCCCUCGUUCGACUUGUGAAGCUUGCUGCGAGAAGGAAUACUGGUAAAUUGCAUCUCCGUGAGAGACUAUACUUUCCUAGUAAACUCCCUGAUAUGCAGAUGCAUUUUGAAAUUAUUGAUGCCUUGGAUGUUAGUUAAGCUCAAGUUCGAAAUUUUUACAGGAUUUGAUAUCUGUGUUUAUGGAUAUUCAUCUGAUUAUAGAUUUUGUGUACAUAGGAAAAAACUGAGCAUGAUGAGAUGCAGAAAUAAGCAUGCCAUCUCGGAUUAGAAUCCAGUCAUUUUUGCUGUUUA